AACCGGCUCUUCCUUGGGCUCAGGGCGCGGAUCAAGUAUUCGGCUCUGCCAGCAACAAGGCACCAUGGCUCAGGAGCUGCAGCACCCCGAGUUCGCGCGCGCAGGAAAACAGGCGGGGCUGCAAGUGUGGAGGGUCGAGAAGCUGGAACUGGUACCGGUGCCCCAGGGUGCCUAUGGUGACUUUUACGUCGGAGACGCCUACCUGGUGUUGCACACCACCAAGUCGAGCAGGGGCUUCUCCUACCGCCUGCACUUCUGGCUGGGAAAGGAGUGUUCCCAGGAUGAGAGCACGGCAGCGGCCAUCUUCACGGUCCAGAUGGACGACUAUUUGGGCGGCAAGCCGGUGCAGAGCAGAGAGCUUCAAGGCUAUGAGUCGACUGAUUUUGUGGGCUAUUUCAAAGGCGGUCUGAAGUACAAGGCCGGAGGUGUGGCUUCUGGACUAAACCAUGUCCUCACCAAUGACCUGACGGCGAAAAGGCUUCUGCAUGUGAAGGGUCGGAGAGUGGUCAGGGCCACAGAAGUUCCCCUCAGCUGGCAGAGCUUCAACAAGGGCGACUGCUUCAUCAUUGACCUUGGCACCGAAAUUUACCAGUGGUGUGGUUCCUCCUGCAACAAAUAUGAGCGUCUGAAAGCAAGUCAGGUGGCCACUGGCAUCCGGGACAAUGAGAGGAAGGGAAGAUCUCAACUCAUUGUGGUGGAAGAAGGAAGUGAACCACCAGAGCUCAUGAAGGUUUUAGGGAGAAAGCCUGAACUUCCAGAUGGGGACAAUGAUGAUGAUGUCAUAGCAGACAUAAGUAACAGGAAGAUGGCGAAACUCUACAUGGUUUCAGAUGCCAGUGGGUCCAUGAAAGUGACUCUGGUGGCUGAAGAAAACCCGUUCUCCAUGGGCAUGUUGCUUCCUGAAGAAUGCUUCAUUUUGGACCAUGGUGCUGCAAAACAAAUCUUUGUGUGGAAAGGUAAAAAUGCUAACCCGCAGGAAAGGAAGACUGCCAUGAAGACAGCUGAGGAGUUUCUACACAAAAUGAAUUAUUCUGCCAAUACUCAAAUUCAGGUACUCCCAGAAGGCGGCGAGACACCAAUUUUCAAACAGUUCUUUAAGGAUUGGAAGGAUAAAGACCAGAGUGACGGCUUUGGGAAGGUGUACAUCACAGAGAAAGUGGCUCAAAUAAAGCAGAUUCCAUUUGAUGCAUCAAAACUGCACAGUUCUCCGCAGAUGGCAGCCCAGCACAACAUGGUGGAUGAUGGCUCUGGAGGGGUGGAGAUCUGGCGUGUGGAGAACAGUGGUAGGGUCCAGAUUGACCCAAGCUCUUAUGGUGAGUUCUAUGGCGGUGACUGCUACAUCAUCCUCUACACUUAUCCCAGAGGACAGAUCAUCUACACGUGGCAAGGGGCAGAUGCUACCAGAGACGAGCUGACGAUGUCUGCGUUUCUGACUGUUCAGUUGGAUCGGUCUCUCGGAGGGCAGGCUGUGCAGGUUCGUGUGUCUCAAGGCAAAGAGCCUGCUCACCUGCUGAGUUUGUUCAAAGACAAACCACUCAUUAUUUAUAAGAACGGGACAUCUAAGAAAGGAGGGCAGGCACCGGCUCCCCCUACACGCCUCUUUCAAGUCCGGAGGAACCUGGCAUCUAUCACUAGAAUCGUGGAGGUUGAUGUGGAUGCAAAUUCAUUGAAUUCUAAUGACACUUUUGUCCUGAAACUGCCACGAAACAAUGGCUUCAUCUGGAUAGGAAAAGGGGCUAGCCAGGAGGAGGAGAAAGGAGCAGAGUAUGUGGCUGAUGUCCUCAAAUGCAAAACCACAAGAAUUCAAGAAGGCAAGGAACCAGAUGAAUUCUGGAACUCUCUUGGAGGAAGAGGAGACUACCAGACUUCACCAUUGCUGGAAACACAGGCUGAAGAUCAUCCUCCUCGGCUUUAUGGCUGCUCUAACAAAACUGGAAGAUUCAUUAUUGAAGAAGUUCCGGGAGAGUUCACCCAGGAUGACUUGGCCGAAGAUGAUGUCAUGCUACUUGAUGCGUGGGAACAGAUCUUCAUUUGGAUUGGCAAAGAUGCCAAUGAAGUUGAGAAAAAGGAAUCAGUGAAGUCUGCCAAAAUGUACCUUGAGACAGACCCUUCUGGAAGAGACAAGAGGACACCAAUUGUCAUCAUAAAACAAGGCCAUGAGCCCCCCACAUUCACAGGCUGGUUUCUGGGCUGGGACUCUAGCAAGUGGUAAACUGAGUUUCAAAAAACCAGCAACUAUUCUGGCUGCCUCAGGACAGCUGCCCCUCUUUGUUGUUGGGGAUUUGUUUAUUUUUGUUAUUGGCUUUUGAAGAUAAAUGCCUUCUGCCAAAUGGAUACAUAUAAAUGACUAACAUGCUCCUCUUCUUCUCUUUAUCCUCUUUUUAAAGGAAUUGUUAUAUGCUAUAUUGAAAUAACUUAAAGCAAACUCUUGUUUUGGAUCAACUUUGCAAUCUAGGGGGAUUUCUGAGGAAGGAAUUUUAUAAUUCAGCAACUGCUAGCCAGACUUGUCUUUAUACACCAGAGAAGAAAGCCGCAGUGCUUCUAAACAUUUCCCCUCUGGUUAUUCUGUGUGCAGUAAGGUUUACUUUAUGUAUGGCUCUAACAGUGCCUUGCUGUUUCCCAUCUCAGGUCCAUGUGACUUGGACGCUAUUCACCUCCAAGUGUCCUUAUAUAAGAUGAACUUCUUUAGCUUUUUUAGAAAACUAAAAUCACAGGCCCUUCGUGAUAAAAGACAUUUUAUUUCUAUAAGUUUAACUUUAUACAUUUGAUAUCACAUGCUCAAUAUCAUAAAGAAUAUGCAUUGAAUGUUUUUCAUCAUUAAAACACAUCUUUUUGGAAAA